AUGAGCCGGUUAUUCGGUAGUAGUAGUGGUUCGGUGCUCGGUACGGCCGGAAGCAAAAUGUCGUCGUUCCGCAAGGUGACUCACUGUAUCUUCGACAUGGACGGGCUGUUGCUUGACACGGAAAAUCUUUACACGCAGGUAACGCAAUCGAUCGCGGAACCGUACGGCAAAACGUACACGUGGGAGAUCAAGCAAACGAUCAUGGGACUGCAGCGGGACGAAGCGGCUGAAGCGAUCGUCGCCGCCCUCGAGCUACCGCUGACACCGGCCGAGUACGUGCAGAUAUCGACCGAGCGGAUCAAUCGCGUGAUGGAAGAGUGUCAGCUAAUGCCAGGCGCCGAGCGGCUGGUGCGCCAUCUGCACAAACACAACGUGCCGAUCGCGCUGGCCACCAGCUCGGGAGCGGAUUCGGUCGAGGUGAAGACAAAGAACCACCGCGAGCUGUUCGAGCUGUUCGGGCACAAGGUGAUGGGUUCGUCCGAUCCCGACGUGAAGGAAGGUAAGCCGGCGCCCGACAUCUUCCUGGUCGCGGCCGACCGCUUCCCGGACCGGCCCGCUCCCGACCAGUGCCUGGUGUUUGAAGAUGCGCCGAACGGUGUGACGGCAGCGAUUGCGGCCGGCAUGCAGGCCGUCAUGGUGCCCGAUCCGCACAUCGAGGAGGACCAGCGGAAGCACGCGACGGUUGUGCUGAAAUCACUCGAGGACUUCCACCCGGAACAGUUCGGUUUGCCGGCGUUUACGUCGUGAACCUCGCGUGGAACGCUUUUGACGCUACCCCGGAGCCGGCCAUUACUCCCCGAAAAAAAAGCUUAUAUCUACUACCACUACUACUACUACUACUACAACUGCAUGCCGCAACGUAGUGUGUGUGUGCGGCACACGUCCGAUUUUAGCAGAGCAGUGUUCUAAACACAUCACCACCGUUGGAGCGAAAUUUAGAUGAAACGCGCGCACGCACACUAUUCGUUUGCGUAGAACGCACAAACGUCCAACCCGCAAAAGGGGUCCACUGCCGGGUGGGAGGGACGUUAGUUUGUAUUUAGUUUUAUUUCUUGGAAAGCUUUUUCUUUAGGUGCGCGAUCGAUGUGUACCGCUAGAAUGUGAAAUCGCUUGAAUGAGCGCCCGUCAAUGCGAAUAAAAAAAAAAGAAAAUACAAUGUUAUAAUUGUAAAGAAA